CGAUACAAUACGGUAUAUUGUGGUAUAUGCAGAAAUUAUGAAUCCAUUCUACAGGAGCCAAACCGGUCCUGACCACUGAUAUGUAUAAUACAAAGUGGUCCUGACAUAGUCCAUAUGUUAGGAUAACUGUGCUUCAAUUGAGGAGCUUCUGGUGCUAAGAUGUUGCGUCGUUGGGUCGUCUCAUUCAUUAAUCCGUCACAUACUAAUCGGACUUUUCAUACGUCAAAACUACUAAGGACAGCACAGAUUAUCGAUGGCAAGAAAAUAGCUGGAGACAUCCUGAACGAAGUAAAACAGUCUGUCGAAUCUUGGGUUCAAGCUGGAAACCGUAGGCCAAAAUUGGUGGCAAUACUUGUUGGACAUAAUCCAGCUAGCAAAACCUAUGUGAGCAAUAAGGUCAAAGCUGCUAAAUCAGUUGGUAUAGACAGCGAGACUAUAUUGUGUUCGACAGAUAUUACACAAGUUUCAUUAGUAGAAAGGAUUCAAUCUUACAAUACAGACCCGUCAAUUGAUGGCAUUUUAGUACAAUUGCCUUUGCCAAAAGGCCUUGAUGAAAAGAAGAUUUGCCACAGUAUCUCACCAUCAAAAGAUGUUGAUGGAUUUCACUCGGAAAAUAUAGGAAACUUGAGUUCAGACAAAAGUGGUAUAAUACCGGCAACAGCUUUAGGUGUAAGAGAAUUGAUAGUCAGAACUAAAAUAGAUACUUUUGGUAAAAAUGCUGUCGUCAUUGGAAGAUCUAAGCAUGUGGGUUUACCGAUUGCCUUGUUACUCCACGCAGACGGCAAUGGUGAAACUGGUGCUUUGGAUAUGACCACUACAAUAUGCCAUCGACACACCUCUCACAUGGACUUGCAAAAGUUUACAUUAUUAGCUGAUGUAUUGGUAGCAGCGGCAGGUGUGCCUGGGUUGAUAACAAAAGAAAUGGUGAAGCCUGGAGCAUGUGUUAUAGAUGUAGGAAUAACUAGAGUUAAAGACGCUCAGGGAAAAUUUAAAUUAACCGGUGAUGUCGACUUCAAUGGAGUCAAAGAAAUUGCUGGAUUCAUUACACCUGUCCCAGGUGGAGUUGGACCAAUGACUGUGGCUAUUCUGAUGAAAAAUACUCUUUUCGCGGCUCAGCACAAUCCAAAACGCACAUAAUACUGAGUGUAAAACUAGAAGUUUGCACCAGUAAUGUCAAUGUGAAGAUAGAUAUUCAUAACUUUUUAGAGUAUCGAACGUGAGGAACAGCAGAGUUUUAAUGAGUAUGUUUUAUUAGCACUUUCUAUGUGCAGCAUAUCUAAAUAGAUUAUAUCUCUUGUAUUAUUUCUGACAGUAUACUUACACUUACGCGAAAAAAUUGAAAAAUUACCAUAUAGUUAUUAAUUAGUUUAUCAGAUAAUAUUUAUCAGCAAUACACGUUAAAAUUGUAAUCACGCAAAA